AUGCAAGUCGAGGUCGACCCCAACGAAGACACCGAGUGGAACGACAUCCUCCGCAAACACGGCAUCAUCCCCGAGAAGCCCCAAGACCCGGAACCCCUGAUCCAAGAAGCCCUCGUCGAAGCCGAGCGCAAGGCGUACGAAAACCGUCUCGAAGAUAAGGAUCUAGAUGAGCUGGAUGAACUAGAGGAUGUGGAGGAUGAGGCCUUCUUGAACCAGUACCGCCAGAAGCGCCUCGCGGAAUUAAGCACGAUAACACAAUCCUCCGUGCACAACCAAGUCUACGGACUGCAAAAGCCCGACUUCACGCGCGAAGUAACCGAAGCCUCGAAAUCGUGCUUCGUCUGCGUCAACCUUACCUCGAGCUCCAGCAACAAUGUGGAGUCGCGGCUCCUCUCUGAGAUCUGGCGGCGGCUAGCCGCCAAAUUCGGCGAUAUCAAGUUCUGUGAGAUGCGCGGGAAUAUGUGCAUUGAUGGGUAUCCGGACCGUAAUACGCCGACGAUCCUGGUGUAUAAGGAUGGCGAGAUUGUGAAGCAGUUUGUUACGCUUAUGGCGCUUCGGGGGACGGGAACGAGAGUUGAGGAUCUUGAGAAUAUGUUGAUUGAAGUAGGGGCACUCAAAGAGAGUGAUGUCCGGUUGAAGAAAAAGGACGAUGACUCGGAGGAUGAGCGGCCGUCCAACUUCAAGAAGGCUAGUGUUAGGAGAGGCGCUACCGUGGAAGACGAUGACGACUGGGAUUAA